ACGCCUCGGCGGGCGGGUUCCGCGUCCCAGGACCGAAGCGGGUCGGUGCCCCCGCGUGGAGAGAGGGGCGGCCGGGCUCCCUGGACCCGGGCGGCCCCCGGCUGGGCAGGAGGCUGGGGCCAGGGGCCGGCCAUGUCCGCUCGCGCCCCGGUGCCCGCCGCUGCCCCCCGGGAGGACCCGCCCGCCGUGGCCGGCGACCGGGACGCGCUGUUGGCAGCGGCGAGUCGGCGGGCGGAGCAGCCGGCGCCCGGCGAGCGGGAGGGCAAGGAGGCGAGGGAGGAGCGGGCCGCGGCCGCCACCAGCGCGGGGGCGCGGGGAGAGCCGUCACCGGCGCUCGUGCUGGGACACAGCGUGCCGCAAGCGGCCGUGCCCGUGAGGCCGCUGGCGCUGCACCUGGCACACAAGGCGCGCGCGUCCGGGGGUCCCUUCGGCGGGGAGGCUCCACCGCCGCCGCCGCCUCCGCCGCCGCCAGCCCCGCGGGACCCUCCCGAGGACGCCCGAGAGGACCGUGCGGCCGCCGGCCCCGAGGACAAGCCACCGCCGCCGCCGCCAAAGGGGAACCCGUGGACCAAGAAGCUGCCGCAGCACCUGUCCCCCGUGGGCACCGGCGCGCCGCCGCCCGCUCAGGACGCCCCGGAGGCCGAGCUCAGUUCCCCAAAAAGUAUAAAAGCGGGAAAACUCAAGACAAAGAAAUCCAACAAGGCUAGUGACUUCAGUGAUAUGGCAAAUUGGCCAACACCAGGUGAAUUAGCGAACACGGGGUCUCAAAGUGUUAUCAGCCAAGGAAAUAAGAAACCACAAAUUAGAAAAGAAAAAGAAGAGAAGAUUGAAAAAAGAAGCAACUGUGAGAGCAAAGAGAACCGGGAAGCAAAACUAGAUGGUCCUGUUGAGAAUGUCAGCGAAGACGAGGCUCAGUCAAGCAGCCAGCGGAAGAGAGCUAAUAAGCACAAAUGGGUACCACUACACUUAGAUGAUGUGAGACCAGACAGCCAGGAAAGACCUGGGUCCCGGAACAGCUCAAGAUGUCAACCUGAAGCAAAUAAGCCAGCUCACAGUAAUAGGAAAAGUGAUAUACGAAGUUGGAGACGGGAUAGAGAAAAGAGAGAUGAUCAAGAUGAAGUAUCGAGUGUGAGAAGUGAGGGUGGCACCAUCCGAGGUUCUGCAAGAGGCCGCGGAAGAGGCCGGGGCCGCGGAAGAGGCCGGGGUCGAGGAAACCCUAGAUUGAACUUUGAUUAUUCCUAUGGUUAUCGAGAGCCAGGGGAAAGAACUGAUCAGCCAUUUCCCACAGAGCUUAACACCAGCAUGAUGUAUUACUACGACGAUGGCACAGGUGUGCAGGUAUAUCCUGUGGAAGAGACACUGCUUAAAGAGUACAUUAAGCGCCAGAUUGAGUAUUACUUCAGCACAGAGAACUUGGAGCGGGACUUCUUUCUUCGCAGAAAGAUGGAUGAGCAGGGAUUCCUGCCUAUUUCCCUGAUUGCUGGUUUUCACCGUGUGCGAGCUCUCACCACAAACCUUAAUCUCAUCUUGGAGGCACUGAAGGAUAGCACAGAAGUAGAAAUUGUGGAUGAGAAAAUGAGGAAAAAGAUAGAACCAGAAAAAUGGCCAAUCCCAGGCCCUCCUCCACGAAAUGUGCCACAAACAGACUUUUCUCAGUUGAUUGAUUGUCCGGAGUUCAUACCAGGGCAGGCCUUUGGCUCCCAUACAGAGUCUGCCACAAACUCUCCAAGAAUUAGAAGUCCACUGAGCCCAAAGAACAAUACUGAAACAAGUACUCUCCGAGUGAUGUUGAGAGGUUUGUCUGCCAGCCUGCCUGACCUGGACUCAGAACCCUGGGUAGACGUGAAAGAGAGGCAUCCUCCAUCCCCAGUCACAUUAAAGGAAUCAAUAUCUAUACUUGAAGAGACAUCAAGUCAACUAACCUUUCCAGACCCAGAACAAGAAGAACGUGACUUUUUGUUUGAUGAAGAGAUGGAACAUACAGAAAGAAGGAAAAUGACAGUCAAUGAUUGGUCUGAUGGUGACUCAGAUUUUGAAAUUGAUGACCAAGAUUUAAACAAGAUUUUGAUUGUGACUCAGACACCACAUUAUAUGAGAAAGCACCAUGGAGGCGAUCGAACAGGCACCCUUACAUCACAAGCAAACAUUACAUCAGAACUUGCUGAAGUGAUUAACGAUGGCUUAUAUUACUAUGAACAGGACCUGUGGACGGAAAGUGAAAAUGCAUGCACAGCCAUAAAGGUAACGAUUUCUGGUGAGCAUCUUUCUGCUGAUAGUUUGCUUUGAUUGCAUGGUAUUACAUGUUUUCUUAAACUUACUUAUGUCAUAAGAUUUGUUGUAUAAAAUUAUACACAAUUUAAAAUUCUUGGAAAUAGUCACAACCAGAGGAGUAAUUUUAAGUGAUAUAUGAAUACUGUCAGCAUCAAAAAAUAGAAUUUUCUGAAGGGGGGGUGGGGGCGAAGGGAGGGGACAAAAAAAAGCAAAAAAAAAAAUAGAAUUUUCUGACUAAAAAAUGUAAUUUUUCAUGAAGGAAUAAAAAAGUUGCUAUAGACAGGCCUACUUGAUAUGUUCAUUCCAUUCUCUUGCCUAAAUGUUAAGCUAAGAUAGAAGAGAGAGCCAAAAUAGCUGUCUGGGCUCCAGAUCUCUUUAACUUGUAGGAGUGUGAGCAGGUCUUUUUCUGCUGUUAAACUUUUCAGAGAGGCUUCCAAAGGUAAACAUGAGAGUGAGUGUUGAAACAAUGAGGGAAGGUGACAUCAAAUAGGAGGGAAAUCAGGCAGCCGUAAAGAAAAGCUGCCAGCUAGUGUUUGAACAGAGGGACUGCCUAUCCUGGGCUUGUGAAUAAGAGACACGAUCUCCUUGGAAUCACCAUUACUGCUUAUGGCCACUGCCUUUUCAGAGAAACCGCCUCAGGUAGGUCAUGUCAAAUGUUUUAAAGCUUAUACAGUUUUCUGCCAGUCUUGCUACUGUGGGAAAGGAAGUAUGAUUUUUGUUUUCAUUCGUUUUGGGUUUUUUUUGGGGGGGGGUGUUUUUGGUUUUUGUGGUUUUUUUUUUUUUUUUUUUUUUUUUUGGUCAGGGUUUUUCUGCAACAGCUCUGGCCUGGAACGAGCUCUAUAGACCUGGCUGGCCUUGAACUCACAGAGAUCCACCUGCCUCUGCCUUGGAGUGAUAGAAUGAGAGGCAUGCACCACCACUGCCCAUCUUGUAUGUAUGUUUUUAUGAGGUUUAGAUAGUAGGGUUUUAUUCAUAAAAAUUCAUUUGUGUGUGUAUACACAUGCAUGCAAAGGUGGGCAAAUUCACUCAUGUCUCAUUGCAAGUGUGGAGGUCUGAGGACAACUUGAAGGAGUUGAUUUUCUCCUUCCGUGUAGGUCCUAGAAAUGGAACUCAGGUCCUCAGGCCUGGCAGGGAGCACCCUUAUUUGUUUCUGAUGCUUGUUUUUAGAAGUGAUGUCUGUAUGGAAUCAUUUUUGUAACAGAAUCAUAAAUAUAUUCUACUAAUUGCUGGGCUGGGAGGCAGGCCUGUAUAAUCAACCACAAAGAAACCAAUAGGAGCAGUAUAAGUUCAAGGGUAGCCUGAACUUGGAUAUAGCUCAGUGAUAAAUGAUUAGCGUGUUUGAGGCUAAUUCCAUGACGAAAUCAUUGUCCUGUAUCUAAAAGAAUAAACAGGUUGGUAUUGGAUUAGAUAGAAUGGGCCUCUGGAAAGAGUCAAGUUAGAGUGAAAUCAGAUAUAUAAGAAUGAAAUGAGCAAAAAGCAGGAAAAAUUAUUUCAGGAAGAGGAGUCACUGAAGUGUGAGUGAUCUGAAAAAGGGCAGCUGUGAAAAUUGAGAAACCAGUUUGCCCAUAGCUGUAUAAAAUGGUAAUUAAGGUUGUGAAGGCAGAGUCAGAUUAGAUUAGAAUUUGUAGACCACGUUAAAUAGUGUGGAAUUAUCAAAAGCUCAAGUGCAGGUUUACAGAUACACUAUGACGUAAUCCUAUUUUUAUUUUUUUAAAAAAUCACUGUUCUCCAUAGCACAGGAAAUAGGUUAUAUGGGGACGAAAAUGGCGGGAGGCUAUUAACAGGUUUUCCGUCUAGGAGAUGGAGAAUGAUAAUCUUAGUUAAACUGGUAGCACAGGAAAUAUGAAUUACAUCUGAGCCUUGAUGGAUAAGAGAGAAGAAUCAGGUGUGUCAGAAACUGGACGGUUGAUUCUGUAGGUAUGCAGAGUAUGCCAGGAUGUGUUAAUAAAGAAGUAUUGGUGGUUCCAGAAGCUGUGUUGAACGGGUGUGAUAGGGGCAGGUGCAUAUAUCUUUAUAAAACCAGUGAAGUAGCCAUGUGAUAGAUGAUGAGACGAGACAUCUUAAAAUCUCCAAAGAUCUAUAAGGCACCUGAAUGAAAUGCAGGAGCUUGUUUUCCUGAAGAUUGUGGCUGAGCUCCACUGUGUAAGUUUGGCUGUGGGAGACUGUAUUUAUGCUCUUCCCUAAAUUCAAAAACGAAAACAAACAUUAAAUACAUUCUCAGUGAAGAACUUUGCCUUUUCUUCUUUUCCCUUAGGGAAUAGAACAUUUUUUUGAUUGUUUUAAGCAGAAUAGGGAAGGAAAAUAAAUUACACUAGAGUCACAUUCCUGUAGCCCAAGUAUAUUGUUUCAAUGACUGAAGUGAUUGGGAGUAAGCAGUUAGAUGUACUAGCUGAUCUUCCAAAGAACCUCGGUUCAGUUCCCAAAACUGUCUUCUGCACACAUGGUGAGCAUUUAUAUAAUCAGUCAAAAAACUCAUAUACAUAGAAUAAAAGUAAAUAAAAGUUAGAAAAAAAUAGGUGGAGAGCUUCCUCAUGCAUGUGCAUACACAUGUACACACACAAACACAUAAAUAUCAAUUAUUAAAUAUGCUUUAAAAAGUUAAUGAGAACCUGUCAAUUUCACAGGUGCCCACUAUAAGCAAAUUUAGAUCACUUUGAAUCAGCUUUAUUUCUGGAACACAAGGUAUUUACUUAAAGUUGUUUUAUAAGGAAAGAGUAGCACAAAGUUAAUAAUUGCCACAUGUGAGAAUGAGCACAGGAGGACCAUCCCUUAAAGUAAUUGGUGAUGGAAUUACUAAGCAAAUGUGGAUUGCCUGUGUUUUUCUAUACUUACUCAAGAGCAGAGUGUGGUGGCACACAAUCCUAGCAUUUGGGAAGCAGAGGCAGGCAGAUCUCUUUGAAAUUAAAAAAUACAAAUAAUAAGCAUUAAAAUCAAUUGAUGGGAUUAGCAGUAUAUUAGAUUCAGUAGAAAACAUGAAGACUGAACAUGGGAGAUUGGGAAUCUGAAGCAACAUGAAAAGCAGGUGCAAGAGGGUACCAGAUCUCUUUAUAGAUGGUUGUGAACCACCAUGUGGUUGCUAGGAAUUGAACUCAGGACCUCAGGAAGAGCAGUAAUGCUCUUAACCUCUGACCCAUCUCUCCAGCCCCUUAAAAAAAAACUUGCAAACUCCAAACUAGAAAGAAAGAAAGAAAGAAAGAAAGAAAGAAAGAAAGAAAGAAAGAAAGAAAGAAAGAAAGAAGGAAAGAAAGGAAGGAAGGAAGAAAGGAAGAAAGGAAGAAAGGAAGAAAAUAAGAAAGGAAAGAGAGAGAAAGAAAAAUAAAAAAGGCUGCUGGGGUGGUUUGCUUAGUACAAAUAUUUAAGUAGCUGAUGUAAGCAGGUUGUCAAGAGUUUAUGAAAGUACAACAAGUCAUUUACAUGUGAGACAUUGAGGAGACAAGCGAGAUGAACAGGAUAAGUGUACAUCAUCAGAUCAGCACAAUCUCCACCAGCAUCCAGAUGGCUUUGUGUGUUUGUGUGUGUGUGUGUGCGUGUGUGUUCAUGCAACAGUUAACAAAGUGAUCUGAAAUUCAUGUGAAAUUUUAAAUAAUUUGGGAUCGUCAGAACAAACUUUACAGAGAACAAAGUUAGGCUGUGGAUGCUACUCACUGGCAGAAGGCUUAACUUGAACUCUAGCAAUCUCUGUAUUGUGUUCUUAGCACAGCCAGACAAAGAAUGAAAGAAAGAAAAUAUUGUAAAGUGUUUAGCUUUGUUCUUAAUAAAACUAUAAUUACCAAAACAGUAGUACUAGCAUAAAGUUUAGGUAUAUGUGUGUUUGAAUGUGUCAAAAAUUCUUAAAUGUCUAUCAAUCAAUUUACAUUUAAUGGGGGAAGAAUAUUUGUUUGUAGUGGAAGGAAAUUUGGAUAUCUGUGCCAAAUAAUAAAGUCGUUUAGGUCUUCCCCUUUAUCAGAAUUAAAAAAAAAAUGAUCUAGGCUGGGUCUUGUGCCUUCUAAUUCCAGCACUUGGUGGGUGGAAGAUAGAGAAUUAGGAGUUCCAGGUGAUCUUCAGCUAUCCACAGUAAAUUUGAGGCCAUCUUAAUCAAAUGAGACCAUAUCUCAAGAAAACAAACAAAACAAAAUGAUUACUAGGAUUAGAAGAGUAAAUGUUAGUGCAAAAGGCAUGAAACACGUUUUCUGUUGGCAUUGUUUUGUUGUGCUGUGAAUGGACGCUGACACUCUUCACAAAGCUGAGAAGGAAAUGCAAUAAAGAAUUUGAGAUUAGCAUUCAGAAUAGUCUACAUGCAAACUCACAUUCUUGAUGGAAAUUAACUUAGUGGGUUUUAUACAUAAAUGUAAAGUAAAACUUAUGGAAACUCAGAUUAUAUGAGAAAAUCUGAAUGUCCUUGGGAUUGUAUGUUUUUUGUAUGAUAGCAAAGUUUUAUCUAGGGAAAUAAUGUCUGAACACUAGACUUCAUUAAGCUUAAAAGCAUAUGCAGUAUGAAAGGAACUGCUAAGAGAUAGGAAAAACAACCAGACUAGGAGGAAAUAGUUGUCAAAAAAAAAAAAAAAAAGGUCGACAAAGCACCCUGACCAAAAAUAUGUACAAAGGCCAUUUAAAAUAAGAAAUCAAACUGGUUUAAGGGUAGUCAAAAAUGCUGGGCACAGCCGCAUACUCCUGAAGUGCCAGCACUUGGAAGGAGAGGUAAGAGGAUCAAGAGCUUAAGGUCACCCUCUACUAUGUAACAGAUUUGACACUUACCUGGGACUGUAUGAGAUUCUGUGUGCGAGACAAAACUGCCCCAAAAGCCAAAGAAAAAAAGGUAGCAAGGGAGACUAUGAAAAGAUGUUCCACUUGGGGAGUUACAGUCAGAACACAGGGUGCUGUAACACCCCAUUAAGAUCAUCAAACACCAAUCCAGGGAGCAUACCAAAUGCAAUGACGGGAAGUGGGUAGCUUGUGGGGGUGCAAAAUAACAAGCAUGGUCACCUUAUUUCAACUGUUUCUUAGAAAUUGUAAUAACUUUUACAAAAUUAAAGCAAGCAAAUUUACCACACAAAUUGGAGUUUAUAACCAUACAUGUACAUGGAUAUUAGCAGCUUUAGCCAUAUUGCCUAAACUUGGAUAUAAUCAAGAUAACUCAAAGGAGGUCAGUAAGUAAGCCAUGGUGCAUUCAGUCAAUGAAUUCUUAUUUAUUGCUUUAUGUAAUUGAACAAUCAAGUUGAGGAAAUAUAGAGGUAAGUAUUAAGAUCGUGUUUCUGAGUGAAACCAAUCUGAAAAGGCUGCUCAAUGUAUGUGAUUCCAGCUGUGGCAUUCUGUAGAACCAACUGGAGACAGAAAAAGAGCUUGUCAGAGACGUGGGAAGGGUCGAGAAGACAGCAGACGACUCUCAGGGCAGUGUAGCUAGCUGAUCAUUAGUUUGUCAGCAUGUAGAAUAUGCUCCUUUAUGAACGAACUGUGAACUUUGAUGUUGAUGUCAGUUUGUCAGUUUGAAGCAGUUUGCCUUCUGGACUGCUCAUUGACAGUGGGAAGGGCGUGCUUGCAUGAGUGCAGUGAUGUGUGACAGUAACUGUACUUUGCCCAGCUCUGCUCUGCUCCUAAAACUACUCUAAGUACAAAGGCCUAUUGUUCACAAAUGAGGUGUACAAAAAGUACUAAAGGGGACUGGAGAGAUGGCUCAGAGGUUAAGAGCAUUGCCUGCUCUUUCAAAGGUCCUGAGUUCAAUUCCUGACAACCACAUGGUGGCUCACAACCAUCUGUAAUGAGGUCUGGUGCCCUCUUCUGGCCUGCAGAUAUACACACAGGCAGAAUAUUGUAUACAUAAUAAAUAAAUAUUUAAGAAAAAGAAAUAUGUAUCUAUCUCCUAAGGAAUUGUGUUUAGAUUAUGUAAAGACAAGUCAAACAACCCACCUAAAACUGAGGCAGAAUUUAAGCAUUUUUCCAAAGAAGAUGUAGGAUCAGGAGAGUGAAAACCUAAAUCAAAAAUCCAUGUCUUCAUACCAAUAACAUGACUAUUAGUUACUAUUUACAGAAGACAGAUACUGAAGUACCAUUGAGGAUGGGGAGGAAUUAAAGUCCCUCUCCCUGCCCCCGGUAUAUAAAAUAGAGCACCCAGUUUGGAAGACAGUUUGGUAAUCACAUGACCCAGCAAUCCCAUUCCUACAUGUGUGAACCAAGACAAAAAUACUUGAGCACAAAUAUUCAUUAUAACAUGUUAAAAGCAAAAACUCAAAUCUCUGCAGCUGAUAGAUGUGGUGUAUACCUAGAGUAGAACGAGAGUAAUCGUUGUGAGGGGUACAGCACGAAAGAUUAUGGGUUAUAGGUUUUGAGCCUCUUUAUACAGGAUAUCCAUGGAUAGAGUGUACUUUACAGUUUCCUUGGAUGCAGGUUGUGGGACAUGUAAGAAAUGUGGAGUGAAUGCUGAUGAGUGCUGGCCAUCUUUGGGAAUUUAAGAGCUAAGUGUGUAAAAAUGAAUUGUCUAUGUGAAUUACACAUGUUAAAUGAUAGCAGAGGGGGUGGAGUGGCAUGUGCCUGUAGUCCCAGUUUACAUCAGGAUUGUUUGAGGCCGUCAACAAAUCCAACAUUCAUGUCGAUGGAUGAUGUAACCCUGUUAGCAUAUCAGUACUAUUCAAAUUAAUCUUGGUUUGGUUUUUCGAGACAGGGUUUCUCUGUGGCUUUGGAGCCUGUCCUGGAACUAGCUCUGUAGACCAGGCUGGUCUCGAACUCACAGAUCCACCUGCCUCUGCCUCCGAAGUGCUGGGAUUAAAGGCAUGCGCCACCACCGCCCGGCUCCCUGUCAAAAUCUUGACAGCACUUUUUCUUUCAGACAUUGAAAUAUUUGACCAAAAACUUACUGCCCUCUGUAAAACAUUCUCAAAAAAGAAUAAAGUUGAAAUAACUGAAUGUGGUGCAAGCUUGUAACGCCAGCACUCAGACUGAGCAAGGAGAAAGGGAGGCUGCUAGUGAGAAUGGUCUAAGGGAGGGGAGAUUAGUGAGACAGCUCAGCAGUGCAGCCUAGUCUUGCAGAGGACCUGAGUUUCCUGUGCUUGGCAGCUCCCAACCCCCUGUGUAUCCAUGACCGUUUUCUGGGCUCUGAGCCCUAGGCAUAUACUCAGUGCUUAGACAUACUUGGCAGGCACUCACACUUAAAAACCCAACUAUUAAUGGCGGAGAAAGAAGGACACUCCAAAUGUGCUACAAAAUUCUGGGGAGAGCUUUGAAAGAGACCUCCAUGGAUGUACCAAAUGAUUCUAAAGAAUCCUGUUGUGAAUGUGUACAUGUAUGUGUACGUGCAUGCAGGUGUUGUGCUGAAUACUUCUGUGACAGCUUAUGACAUGAGGAAAACGUGCAGGAGUCCAUUUUCUCGCUUAACCAGCUGGGUUUCCAAGGUUGAAUAGAUGUCAGGCAUAAACAAGUGUCUAUCUUCCACUGAGCCAUCUUGCUGGACCUCAAAUGAUUUUGUGUGUGUGUGUGUGUGUGUGUGUACCAAGGACAGUCAAUGGAGACAAAAUCUCCUCAAAUGGUUUUGGAAAAACUAUGAAUCCAAAUGUAAAAACAAUACACUAUAUUUUUUAAAAACUUGAAAUUGGAUGAAAUGCUUAAAUAUAACACCCAUAACUAUAAAACACUUAGGAAAGCAGUUCUUUUAGACUGUGUGUUGCAGCACUUGGGGGGGGGGGGAGGUUCAGCAGCCUUUCACAAGAGUCGAAUAUUAGGUAUUCUGCAUAUCAGACAAUUUAUGAUUUAUAGCAUUACAAAAUUACAGCUAUGUAAUUACAGUUACAUUUUAUUACAUAAAAUGAUUUUAUGGUUGGGUUCACCACAACAUGAGGAACAGUAUUUAAGGGGCACAGCAUCAAGGUGGUGCUAAUUUUGAAGAAGGCCGGCCGUAGCGAAGAGCUUUCUGACAUUCCACUAAUCAGUAGUUUCUUGUAUAUCACAUGUAUAAAACAUGAUAAGGAAUUGUCUUGUAUAUAUAAAGAACACCUACAAUUCUAGAGUAUAAUUUAAUUUUCAAAAUUUAAUAUAUCAAAGGACUUGUAUAGGUAACUUCCUAAAGAUAAUAUAAAAUGGCUUAUAAAUAUUUUUAAAUCUAUUCAGCAUUUUCAUUAAGCAUAUAAAUGUAAAUAAACCCAUGAGAUAGUGCUCUAUUCAGUUAGCUACAAGAUAAAACAUAGAUGAACCUGAAGACUGCAUGCUAUGAGAAAUACUCAUCGACAAAAGAGAAUACUGCAUGAUUCCAUUAAUGUGGAGCAUGUAGCUAGAGAUGGAUAUUGGUUAAAGCUGAGAGAAGAGGGGAAUUAUAAAUUGCUAUUAAGUGAAUAUAUGAUAUCAGUUUUGUUAGAUGAGAAUAUUAGAAAUGUUAUAACAAUGUCUCUAUUCUUAACAGUAAUAAAGUGCACACAAAUAGUUAAGAUGGUAAACUUUACAUGGUUUUUAAAUUAAAAUGUAAAAGCCUCUUCACAAAUAAAUAUCACCAAAAGAAAAUUUAAGAUGAAUCAGAAUGUACUCAGAAGUAACGUGGAGACACAAAGCAUUACUUGUGCUGGAAAUACCCUGUUGCAGUGGCAGAGGGCAAGUUAGGGCUGGGGACAAGCUUGGUGGCCGUGCACUUACCUGCCUGGUGUGUUCCAGGCCCUUGGUUCAAUCCCCAUUAGUGUAAAUUUAAGUUGAAAUUCAUCAAAAAAGAUGUAACAUAAUUCAUUAUAUUUAAUAAAAAUGUUUUGGAUAAAUGAAAAGGUUCACAGAACAAAUCCAUUGUCAAAGUGAUUAAUUCUAUAAGUAUAUAUGGAAUGAUCAUGCAAUAAAAAUUGUAUAGAAACGGU